UACAAGGAGAGAGAAGACUCGGCAGUUGGCAGCAGUAACCGAAGAAUACAAUCGUGAGGUUUGGAAGUCUCUAAACCUGGUCAAAAUCUUUCUGACUUUGUAAAUGGUCGCUUGAUAAGUUUGCAAGUAGUUGGCAAAUGUCACCGCGAACGUAAAACAAAGUUAAGAAAAUAGCUGUACUUCAGCCAUUGAAUUUCUUGCAUAAUUUUGUGGCGCCAGUUUCUAGCUAGAGCUAACGUAGCUAGUGCUAGAUAGUUUACAUUGACGAAUAGCAUUACCAUGAGCAGAAACAUCCAUAUUCCAGACGGUUUUAGGGAGUUAUUGCAAGAAUUUACUGUUGCAGUCAUCAGAAAUCAACCGAGGGAUCUCUGCGACUUCGCCUCGCAGUAUUUCACCGACCUGAGAAGGAAAGAAAAAGAAGAAAAGGGACAGGCGUUGAAGUCCAACAUUGAAGCAAUGAUGUAUGGCUCAGAUGGAGAGGAAAACGACGAGGAUGAAUUUGUUGCCCCCGUCAUCAACAGAUUUAACAGGCGAAAAUCAGCCGUAUCUGCUGAGCCAUACGACCCGGACAAUGAGGGGGCGGACAGGGACCCCGCGGUAAUUCACCCAAAAACAGAUGAACAGAGGAACAGGCUCUCCGAGGCCUGCAAAAACAUUGUUCUCUUUAAGAAUUUGGAGCUGGAAGACCUGUCUAAAGUGCUGGACGCCAUGUUUGAGAAGCCUGUGGCUGUAGAUGAGCAUGUUAUUGAGCAGAAUGAUGAUGGUGACAACUUCUAUGUAAUUGAGAGUGGGAUCUUUGAUGUGUACGUGACGGACAGCGGAGAAACGCGCAAGGUGUUCACCUAUGAGAACCAGGGCAGCUUCGGGGAGUUGGCCUUGAUGUACAACACUCCUCGGGCCACCACCAUCGUUGCCAGGACGCUUGGCUCUCUCUGGUGCCUGGACAGGGUGACCUUCAGACGGAUUGUUGUGAAUAAUAACGCUAAGAAGAGGAGUAUGUACGACGCUUUCAUCAAGACUGUCCCUCUGCUGUCAUCCUUGGAGACAUAUGAGCGGAUGAAGGUGGUAGAUGUACUCACCGCACGACAGUACAAAGACGGAGAGAGAAUCAUUGGCGAGGGAGAGAGUGCAGACUGUUUCUACAUUGUGGAGUCUGGGGAGGUCAGGGUUACAGUCAAGAGAACUAUAGAGGAUGGCAAGACGGAGGAGGUGCUGAUCUCCACAUGCAGAGUGGGCCAGUACUUCGGAGAGCUGGCGCUGGUCACCAACAAACCGCGAGCCGCCUCCGUCUACGCAGUCGGAGACGUCAGGUGCUUAGUGAUGGACGUGCUGGCCUUCGAGCGACUGCUGGGGCCGUGCAUGGAGAUCAUGAAGAGGAACAUCUCCAACUACGAGCAGCAGAUGGCCGCUGUUCUGGAAGACCUCAACAGCAGCACCUCCACCAAUGAAACCGAGCCCACAGCAUGAGAGGAGAGGAUCCACCACCCCCUCCCCUCCCCUCCCUGGCCAGGUCUGGUCAUCAGCCCACGACCACCAAACUGGCUGCUUUUCACUGGAAGCUGGAAGUGAAAAGCAAAAGUGGUUUCAUGUCCUAGCAACAGCCAAAUGUCACCACUGUCUGUCUGUUUGCUUGCCCUUUCUACAACAGUCGCCUUAUUAUAUUCCGUCUUGGUCACGGUGCAAGAUUUAAGAAAAUAAUAAAAUAAAAAUAAAAAUUCAAAGGCGGCUUGUGGCUGGAGAAGGCCAGGGGGCAGGUACUUGAGAUUGUUUCCUUUUGUUAAAAAAGCAGCCAUUUCCAAAAAGCAAUUUGUGUAACAUCCUUUAUAAGACAAAUGACUUCUCCACAAAAACAAUACAUAUGUGUUUUUAGUUCGUAUUGUUUUAAAUAGAAUUUUGUUCUUUGAUCUGCAGUCUGCAGGUGCAAAAUAUUUUUGUUAAAGAUCAAAUUUUAUUUUCUUGUGCAUGACUGUCGUCAGAAGGCAAUGCUUUUACAUGUUAACUUAAGGUGUUAAUGAUUUUUUUUAUUGUCAUUAUUUAAAUCAUUUGUUUGCUUCAUUGUUUUUCAGAGGCAAUUAAAGUGUGAUACGAGUCCAUCUAUUUGUUGGCUGCCGUAUGAAAAUAAUCUACAUGAAUAUUAAACCACUCUUAAUCUCACCAAAUAUAUUUAAUGUUUAAAAGUAUAGCAUGAUUAAUAUUAGUGAAACUGUAUUACUUUGUCAUAAUUCACAAGAAAUAAAUGUCAUGGUCCUUUUAAA